AUGUCGAGACAGCCACGGGACGAGCUGACGUACCCUCAUUUCGCCUUGAUCUAUAUUGACAGCAAUGGCAAUCUCGGUCAAAGAUCAUCCGAGUCAAUCGCUGAGCGCCGCGAGAGAAUCUUCACCCCCAGAGUGAGGGAUGAAUUCCUCAGGGCUGUGGCAAGUUCCAGAGAGUCGCAAGCAGUCCAGGGUCAAUUGCCACCUGCCACACCAGCCAACCAAGCGACAGACUAUAACGGCCACAGCACCCCACCACAGAGGCAAAUUGCCAACCCUAAAGAAAUGAAUAUAGAUCAGAGUAUGCAAAGUAUGCCACAGACUGGACCCAGUCCCCACAUUCAACCCGUUCAGCCCGAAACGUGGUCAACCCCCGAGUCCUGGCCUCAAUGGCAAAGCUCACGGCCCAGGAAGAGAAACUUUGGAGGUCAAAACCUCAACUUGAUUUCUCACCAGAAAGUCUCAAUCUCUGUCAAAGAUCGAGAUCUCCUACGUCACUACUAUGAGAAGAUUUUCCAAAACCUGCAGCAAACCAACUGCCGGGUUCUUGCAAAAGCCUAUGUCAAAUUAGUUGAGCCACGCAAGCAGGUCAAUUACCCCUAUAACGGACGGAAGAUCAUUGCAGGGAGAACUCAGCAGCUCAGUCCAGAGGCAACAAAGCCUCCUUGGUGGCCAUCUGGGGUGAGCCACCGAGAGCCAGACCAUCUUCCCAAAGUUGAGCGCAUUCGACUCUUAGUGCACAUUCUGUGUGAACUACAUGAGAGCCACGGAGUUACAACGGCUAGACUAAAAGAAUGUGACCAGCCUAUUCGACGUCAGAUUCUUCCGGUCGAUCGUCUAGAAAUUCUCGAUGAGGCAUACCGAGUCCGUGAGGAGGAAGAAAAUUUCCAGACUGGAGUGAAGGAUGGAGAAGAACCUGUUUGGAUCUCUCGUGCCAACCUCCCUGACACGACAGGAGACACUUCCAGCGGACAAAGCUCCCCGACCGAACCAGAAUAUACUCAAACAACAGCGAAAUCAGAAUGCAGCGAUGAAGCCCUGGCCGUCGAUACCUCAAAACUUCUCAUCCCCUUCGAUGACCCCCGAUCGAACACCUCCCCAUACCAUACGACCCCCACCCACUAUAACCCACCAAUGCAUAUAAGCCCUCACAUGCAAUACAUGCCCAUCGAGCAGCCUACCCGCGGUUCCACAUCACCACUGGAGUUAAAAAGGAAGCGGGAAGAGACUGUUGGGACAAACUUGGUCGACCGGACACGCCAAAUGGGCCAUACACCAUACCAGUAUACUGGAAACGUCAGUACCCAGGUAUUUCCCAUGGGUAUUUACGAGGAUCCUCUUGCAAUGUCUGGUGUAGGUGCCUCAAUCCCACCGUCGGUCCCUAUAUCACAGUCUGUCCCAAUUACCCAGUCGGCGGCGGGACCGUCUACGGAACAGAUGAUGUUGUAUGGUUACCCUUAUUACUUUGAUCAAUGA